AUGCCAAAUAAGAAAAAGAAUAAGGACAAAAAGAAGAACGCCCAAAAACCUUGCAAUGGUGAUACCGAACAGGCCCAAAAUAAAGCCGUUGCACCACCACCAAAUCUCGAAGAAGCCCGAAUCCUAGAUGAAGACGAUGACGAUAUAGAAGAGUAUCCUGAAGACGAUGGUGUCUUGGGUAGUGAUAAUGAUGAGCAAGAAGACCCACAGGAUUAUGUUAAAGGCGGGUACCAUCCCGUCAAAAUAGGACAGAUGUACAAUCAGCGCUACCAUGUCGUCCGAAAAUUGGGCUGGGGUCAUUUCUCCACAGUUUGGCUUUGCUGGGAUAUCAAAGCAAAGCGGUUUGUCGCCAUGAAGGUUGUGAAAUCUGCUGCCCAUUACACGGAAACUGCUCUUGAUGAAAUUAAACUUCUCUCUUGUGUUCGUGAUUCUGACCCCGAGCAUCCUUUUCGAGACAAGACUGUUCAGUUGUUGGAUGAGUUCCGCGUUUCGGGAGUUAACGGUCUUCAUGUUUGUAUGGUUUUCGAGGUCAUGGGACACAAUUUGCUUAAACUCAUCAUUCGUUCAAACUACCGUGGUAUACCUAGAGAAAACACUCUAGAGGGCCUACAUUACCUUCAUGAAAAGUGUCAAAUUAUUCACACAGAUAUAAAGCCUGAAAAUAUUCUUGUGGGUAUUUCAGACUCCGCAGUGCGUCGUCUUGCUGCAGAGUCCAUCGAUGCUCAAAGACGUGGAGCUAGAAUGUCCGUUUCCGCAGUGAGCACAGCUCCCAAAGAGUUUAAUCAACCAUCAAAGCUGAGUAAAGGUCAGAAGAGGCGACUAAAGAAACAGCAAAAGAAGCAACAGUUGUUGCUUGAGCAAGAAUUGGAUGAGUUAGAAGAGAUUGAAUGUCGUGAGCAGGAACAACGUCUCCGUGAAAUGGGGAUGCUUCCGGAAGGCGAUAUUAUUGAGACUGCUACUUCUUGUGAACAACAUCAACCUGACAAGAACAUCGAAUCCACGUCUACCCAUGUUCUUCCCCCAGAUUCUAAUCAUGACUCAUUAGGAACUUCGAACCCCCAAGCAACAGAAACAACAUCUGAGAAAGAGAGUUCUCCUGACGAUAGUAGCAAAGUAGCGGCUGCUGAGGUCACUAUCCGACCCAAACUUCGAUCCGGUCUUAGUGCGGGUCCUAGUGAGGCUACUUUGGCUAAACGAGCAAGCAUGUUUGUUCGUCCAGUUACUACAAAUGGAGGAAUAGGGGCUGAUAAGCGUCGAUCUCUUCUACUUGAACCCAUUUUCAAGGAACCAGAUGCCAGCAAGGAGGUAUGCCCUAUUGAUGUAAAAAUUGCCGAUCUUGGUAAUGCCUGCUGGACGUACAAGAAGUUCACUGAUGAUAUUCAAACUCGUCAAUAUCGGUCACUUGAAGUGCUGAUUGGAGCUGGAUAUAACACUCCUGCGGAUAUCUGGAGUACCGCUUGCACGGCUUUCGAGCUGGCUACUGGUGAUUAUCUGUUUGAUCCGCACACUGGUGAUGAAUAUUCCCGUGAUGAGGACCAUCUUGCACAUAUCAUUGAACUUCUCGGUCCCAUCCCACGAAAUAUUGUCUCCAUGGGCAAGUAUUCUCGCGAGUUUUUCGACAAACGUGCUUGUCUGCGACAUAUUCGCGUAUUGAAGCCGUGGGAUUUGCUUAGUGUUUUGGUACAAAAGUAUGAUUGGCCGUUAGAGGAAGCCAAACUCUUUACCUCCUUCCUGGAGCCUAUGCUGGCCUAUGAUCCCAAUCAGCGCGCCACAGCGUGGGAAUGUCUCCAACAUCCCUGGAUUACCGGUGCGUCGGCAGAUUUCCUCGAGGGUCAGUAUUUCCGUCACUCCUACCAUCAAAUGCCCCCCACAGAUACCGCUCUUCUACUCCGACGAUUACCUCCCGGUGCUGCCACCGCUGACCCUGACCUUGAUCCCGAAGAGCAACACUACGUACCUCAUACUUCAUCCUGUGCCGUUGUCGACGUUGGUAUGGAUGACGUAAUGGACUAUCGAACACAUCAGAGCAUUCCUGGAAGCUACGGGAAUGAUAAUCCCAAUUACUACCCUUAUAACCAGUACUACGCACAUCCCAGCCCGAGCAGUGGUAGUGGAGUUGGCUACUUGCCCGGCAACAAAGUGUCAUAUUACGACGAAGCUGGAGCAAAUGCAAGUAGUGGCGAAGCAUUCUCUUGUCAGGGUUCAGGCAGUUCUUCAUCUGGCUCCUCGGCUUCUGAUGCUGAACCCUAUCGCAUGAACUAUCGGCAUCAGCAUCAUGGCGACUACAGCGCUGCUGCCUGUGACUUUGUUGCACCUACAGAUGAUCCCGAAGCCCUACAAAUAGCCGCUAGUCUUUCACCGAAUCAGAAGAGCAUUCUUGCCCAUGUUAUGCAAGCUCUUGGACCCAAGACUGUUUGGGAUGGCUUGAUGGCUGGUAGGAAGCGCCAGCAGAUGCAAAAAGCGGCUGCAGCAACAUCUGAAUCAAAAACCGAGAAUGGUGAAGAGAAAGAGGAGGGAUGUGGUAGCAGCAAAGAAGGUGAGGUGAAGAAUGGUGAAACGUGCAACGGGCAUACUUCCGAUGAUGGGGGUCAAUUAAAUAACAUAUCGAUGAGCAAUGGUAAUCACAGGAGCGAUAGUGUUGUUACAACCUCUACAACCGCCUAA